CUUUCUUUCUUUCUUCUCAGUCUCUCUCAACUCUCUUUGCUUUCCACUGAAUAUAUUCCUUGCUUUACAGUUCUGCAUAUGUGAGUUCCGUUUUCCUAAAGCCUCACAAAGAAAGAUGCCAAAUUCGAAUUCCCCCAUUUGAUUUAAAGCUCUAUCCUUUCUCUCCUUUUCCUCUCUUUCUCCGUCUCCUUCUCUGUCAGCCAUGAAAUUUUUUGAAGCUUGAUAAUAAGUCUUCUUCCUUAUUCUUCUUCACCUUUUUUUCUUUUGUAGCUUUAAUAAGAAGAACUAAUUAGCCUCAAAAAAGAAAAGAAAAUGCAAGCUUCGGUUCUUGAUAGUAUAAUUAAUAGGCUUCUUGAAGUUAGGACCAAUCCGGGAAAAUUAGUUCAGCUUUCAGAGGGAGAGAUAAGACAGCUUUGUUAUGUUUCUAGAGAUAUUUUCAUGAGGCAGCCCAAUCUGUUGGAGCUUGAAGCACCGGUCAAGAUUUGUGGUGAUAUUCAUGGCCAAUACUCUGAUCUUCUAAGGCUUUUUGAGUUUGGUGGAUUACCACCUCGUUCGAACUACUUGUUCUUAGGGGAUUAUGUAGAUCGCGGAAAGCAAAGCCUCGAAACAAUAUGCCUUCUCCUCGCGUACAAAAUAAAAUACCCUGAAAACUUCUUCCUCCUCAGAGGCAACCAUGAAUGUGCUUCCAUAAACCGCGUAUAUGGCUUCUACGACGAGUGUAAACGAAGAUUUAAUGUUAGACUUUGGAGAAUAUUUACAGACUCCUUCAACUGCCUUCCUGUGGCUGCGCUGAUUGAUGAAAAGAUACUCUGUAUGCAUGGAGGACUUUCUCCUCAUUUGAACAGCUUGAAUCAAAUAAGAACAAUUCCACGACCAACCGAUGUCCCAGAACAAGGCUUGCUAUCUGAUCUCCUCUGGUCUGAUCCUAGUAAAGAAAUUCAAGGUUGGGGCCCGAAUGAUAGGGGAGUGUCAUUUACAUUCGGCGCUGACAGAGUUGCUGACUCGCUUAGAAAACUCGAUCUUGACUUAAUUUGUCGAGCUCACCAGGUUGUAGAAGAUGGAUAUGAGUUCUUUGCUAAUAGGAGACUUGUAACCAUAUUUUCGGCGCCCAACUAUUGUGGAGAAUUCAACAAUGCCGGCGCCAUGAUGAGCGUCGACGAGACCUUAAUGUGUUCUUUUCAAAUCUUAAAGCCUACUGAUAAGAAGCCAAAGUUUGGCUUUGGAGGUUCAUCUGCUAAGCCAAUUUCUCCUAAUAAAAUCAAGUCAUUUCUAUUUUAGAUGAGCCGUCAGCCAAGGACAAUACUAAAGGAAUUUCAACUGUGAGAUUUUAAGAGGCUGCAAAUUUUCUUCUCCCUUUUUUUUUUAAUUUUUAUUUUGACCUCUAUUGGUGGUGGGGUCUUGCUUUAGCUUGUAGAGAACCUCUUGCAAGACUCCGCCACUUUUAUGUAAGUAUCAAAGCGCCAUUAUAAUUGAGGCUUUCUCAAUGGUUGUAUUCUUUUAUAAUAGAAAAUCUCAUUGAAGGCUCACAAAAUCUUUCAAUUUUUUGCCUUCCAUUUGCUUUGGAUCUUUCACUUUCUCACGAGAAAAUGAGACAAA